AAGAAGGUGAAAUCAUUGAGCUGAAAAAGUUCACUCUUCUUCGUUACUCCUGCAGAGAGAAAAGGCCUGCCGCUGCCCCGCUACGGAUCAACCUUUUCAGUUCUCUGUCACAGUCUUCAGGACCAGUUUCGGCUUCUUCCCCAGAGCCGUUUCCCCUUCCGUCCCACUACGCCAGCGGCGGCCGCAGUGGCAGUGGAUCCUUCCUGUUCCUCGCGCUCCAGCCCAACCCAAGAAGGUGACUGACAGGGGGAUGAUGUGCGGCCCAGCAGUGUGCUAAGGACUGGCAGGAAAUAGCAAUGCCAAACAUGUUUGGUUUCUCGCGCCGCCGAAUGAAGAUCGGAAGGUCGAAGGGCCACAAGAGUGAUCCUCUGCACGGCUCUCCCAGCCCUGCGCGACACCUCGGUCUGGCAAAUGCAGGUGACCCAAUAACAGCAUCGGUGAGUGGCCGCGCAGACGACCUUGCUUACCGCUGCUCGUCUGAUUCAUUUGACCUCGAUGCCCGUGCAUUGGAUGGAUCAGAGAAUUGGGCGGUGUUGUCCACCGAGGGCGACAAACCUGCUCCUCGCUUCGCUCAUGCAGCAGCCAUUGUAGGCAGCAAGAUGGUAGUGUUUGGUGGUGAUACUGGUCAAUGCUUGUUGGAUGAUACAAAGAUACUGAAUUUAGAGAAGCUUACAUGGGAUUCUGCUGCUCCAAAAGUUCGUCCAUCGCCAAAUGGGCGUUCUUUGACGCUUCCAGCCUGCAGAGGUCAUUGUCUGGUUUCGUGGGGAAACAGUGUUAUUCUUGUUGGAGGUAAAAGUGAGCCAGCUUCUGAUCACUUAUCAGUGUGGACUUUCAAUACCGAAACAGAGAUUUGGUCACUCAUGGAAGCUAAGGGUGAUAUCCCUGUGGCUCGAAGCGGCCACACUAUGAUCAGAGCAGGCGCUACGUUGAUACUUUUUGGUGGUGAGGACACGAAAGGGAAGAAACGACAUGAUCUUCACAUGUUCGAUCUGAAGUCAAUGACAUGGCUUCCUUUGAACUAUAAAGGCUCUGGACCUUCCCCAAGAUCCAACCAUGUUGCUGCAUUGUAUGAUGAUAGGAUCCUUUUUGUAUUUGGAGGCCACUCAAAAUCAAAGACCUUGAAUGAUCUAUUUUCUUUAGAUUUUGAGACAAUGGUAUGGUCAAGAGUGAAGACAAAUGGUCCUCAUCCAUCGCCUCGAGCAGGCUGUAGUGGAGCUCUAUGUGGAACUAAGUGGUACAUUACUGGUGGUGGAAGCAAGAAAAAGCGACUUGCGGAAACCUGGGUUUUUGAUGUUCUAGAAUCAAGAUGGUCUGUUCGUGCAGUUCCCCCUAGCUCGUCGAUUACUUCAAAGAAAGGUUUCAGCAUGGUUCCUUUGUACCAUAGGGACAAGAUUGUUCUUGUUGCUUUUGGAGGAAACAAAAAAGAUCCAUCCAACAAGGUUGAAGUAUUAGUCGUGCUGCAAAACGAGCAUUCUUAUAGCUGGCGGUCUGCCCCAGACGUAGACUCACUGCUGUAUGAAUAUUCUCCAAGCAACAAAGAACUUGCCGACCAUCUCAACAAAUGUGCUCCUUUGUAUUCUAACAGUUCUGUUCCAAGGCAUAGUCUCGCGACUACGGUAAAGCACACACCCAGAGGGGAGUCAUUGUCACAGCAUGGUGCUCUCAUCACUUCACUCCACAAGCAGUACGGUCGAGUAGAAGAGUCCAGCUUAGCUCAAAAGCUUCAGAAACCGAUCGAUGAUGACAAGUACGAUGAUGUUGAUGAUUGUUCUUCUUGUCCAGCGAGCACCCCGAAAGAGCAUCGAGGAAAGACGACACGAGCUGAUAUUCAGGUUGACAUGGCCAGAACUGUAGCACUCAAGGCAGAAAAUUCGGAGACGGAAGGACUAAAUGCAAGAAGGAUAGCCAGAAGCUCUUCGGACAUCAGCCAUCCGUACAACACAAAAAUAACAGACUUGAUCAGAAGAAACGCCACGCUGGAAGACCAGCUUGCAGCUGCACUGGCGAGCAAAGACCAGGCAGAGAAGAACUUGUCUUUGGUCAUCAGCAGUAGGGAACAGUUGGAGAAGAGGCUUGCCAACAAGGGACAAGAAGCUGAGAUGCUAAAGGAGAAGAUAGCAGGCUUAGAGUUAGCACAAGAGGAGUCCAACAACCUCUCUAACACUGUCCACGCUGACAAUGUUCGCCUCGAGCGGGAAGUAGCAUUCCUGAAGGCCAUCGCAGAUGAGAGCCAGAAGGAGAUGCAUUCCACCCGCAGAGUUUUAGCUGGAGAGCAGUCGCGGGCAUUCCAGCUCCAGGUUGAGGUGUUCCAUCUGAAGCAACGGCUGCAGAUGGUGGAAGGAAGAUCAGGGACGCCAAGGAAGCCUCAUAAUCCUUAGUAGGCAAAAGAAAAAAGUGUGGCAUGUUCAUGAUCAUGUACUUACUACAUCUAUAGGGUAUGGUGGUUGUGGUUUGUAAAUUGGCUUGUACAUCGAUUUAUAGCAACUGUGUAUAUGUAACAAUAGGUUUCUUGUGAACCAUUUGUGUUGCAUGGAUUGAUAUUUGCAGAGAUAUUAUAGAUGGUCUGUUGAGAGCAGCUGUUCAUGAUUUUGUGU